CUCGACGACAUCAUCUCCUGCCAAACCAGGAAUUGCCAACGAAUCACCUAUAGCACGUAGCCUCCUACGCAAGGGGCAAGCUUCACAGUAUGCGCCAUGUCUGGCCAUUCAGAAUCCCGAGUUUAUUAAUUGGCCGCCCUCAUUGUUCACUCCCACCUCAUCCAUCACUUACACCACACUCGCAUAUCAUGCUCCGGUUACGCCCUCUAAUCUCUUCACCUCUCAGAACAACUGCACAAACACAUUCUAAUUUUGCUUUGAGACGCUUCAUCAUACCAAGCCGUUUUAACGCCGCCGCCAUGUCUUCCAUCUCUGACGUCAUCACCAAGGACCACCGCGAAAUCGAGCGGUGCUACAACGAGGUCAUCGGCUCCAAGGACCAUGACCACCAGGAGCGCUUUGGAAACCAAUUUACCUGGGAGCUGGCCCGGCACAGCGUAGCCGAGGAACUACUCGUCUAUCCCGCCUUCGAGAAGCACAUGGGCACCAAAGGCCACGAGAUGGCCGAAGCCGACCGCAAGGACCACCACCGGGUCAAAGAGCUCCUCAAGGAGUUCCAAAACAUGAAACCCCAAAACCCAGACUACAUCCCCAAACUCAACGAACUCUGGGGGGUACUGUCAGCGCACAUCGAGGAGGAGGAGCACGAGGACCUGCCGGCGCUGGAGUCGGCGCUGACCACGGCGCCGGCGGCGGGCGAGUCGGAGAGCCUGGCCAAGAAGUUCGGCCUCACCAAGGCGCUGGUGCCGUCGCGCAGCCACCCGAGCGCGGGCGAGAACCCGUACUUUGAGUCGGCCCUGGGCUUGCUGGCGGCGCCGAUCGAUCAUGUUGCGGAUAUAAUGAGGAAGUUCCCGGAGGAGAAGAUCAGCCCGAAUCCGAGUACGAAGUGAGGGUGUUUGGGCGGGGAUGAUGUCUAGGUACCUAAGGAAGGAUGAGUGUACGUGUCGACGUUCGUGUUGCAAUAAAUAGCAAUGAGAGCCCCAAUGCGUGAACUCGGUUCUAUGAGUGCCAGAUCUGGCUUAAAAUGAACAAAAGUUAUGAAUCCAGAA